UUAACGUCGAAGGGGCAGUGCUCGUACAUAUAUUCGUAAUAAGCUACUCUCACUUCACUUCAAACGAACUAGGAAUACGUCUACAGGUCCUUUUUAUUGAUUUUUCCCUGCCAUGUAGAAAAGUCAAACUUAAAGUAUUUGUCAAAUACUCAACUCAAGUGGCUGACAGUGAGCACUUAUUGACGAGUACAUACAAAAUUAGCAUAUUUGACACGAAUUGCGAUUUGCGGAAAAUUGUUGGUGUUACAACAUAAUAGCCAUUCGUUGCAUAAAAAAUAUAUACAAAAAUAUUGCAAUUAAAAAUAUCUCAACUAGUGUCUGCCAUUUGUGAGCUGAUACAGGCAGCACAAUAGUGAAAAUUUUAAACAUGAAAAAAAACGUCCUUCGACAUCGACUCCAUUUUGAAUAGGAAUUGUGUUUGAAGAAAAGUGGAUGCAUUUAAGUAAAAAGUGUCCGACAUCUGCCAGAAGUUACAAAUCCUUUCCAAGAAAUAUCAAAUACACAAUUCAGCCACCUACUUCACCCUUCUGACUGUAGAGCUCAGUAGAAAGAAAAAAUAAUAUUUAAGUGUUUCAACCUACCCCAAUCAACGACGGGCGUCUGCGGUAGAGGUCGACGACAAAGGGUUUGACGGUGGCAUAAGCAGAGCAAAACCCACUACGACCUGUAAUUAAUUACAGCAAUAGUGCAAAAGAACGGCUUUUCUUCUUGCUUGGUUUCCUGACGUACCACAAGGAUAUUGUUUAAUCAAUAACGAAUAGAGCGAUUGGCGAGUGAAGUGGUUACUGGGCUUCCAUCCCCAACAUCUUCGUCCAUUUUGUCUGGGUGUGCGUGAGUGUUAGUGUGUGUGUAGUAAAUUAAAAAUUGCUAAGCCGCCGCGCACCCUCGCAAUGCGAAGCCAAUUGGAAAUUAUUUAAACACCAUAUAGUGUAGUGUAACACUCGUGAACCUUUGCACACCGCAAUCCGACGCCACAAUUCGCGUCGUAAAGAUGUACAAGACGGUGCGGCACGGCGAGAACAGCCUGCAAUAUACGAUACUGCCACAGAACGAUGACUUUCGCAUCGAGGGCAAGCUAUCAAGCGUAGGCAGUAACUGCACCUCCGUUUCUGGCCGCAAAGGUAAAUCGAGACGCCCGAGACGGCGCUCAUUCUUUGCUUACUUAGGCUUAAUUUUCGUCUGCACCGUUAUUGUGGGCGCAGUGUUGAUACCAUUUCUAGUGUCGGCGGAGUGCCUGCCCAAUCCCACUGAGUGGUUUUUAAAAACGAAGGCAGCGCUAACACAUGGAGCCAGCAUUAAUGGACUGCACAGAAACGCCGGUGGGCCGAGGGACGCUUCAAGAAAAGGUGGCGAAAAUGGUGGAGCACAACAAUUACCGCUACAUAAUAGCGCUGCUAAUAUUGGUCAAAAAGUAGAAAUUAUCAACCGCGACGGCGUGGAAAAAAUAAUUUUACGUGUCAAUAAAACGCAAACGCAGCCGAAAAUAAAUGAAACUAAGGUCAAACCUGUUGGAUAUACAUCGGACAAGGAGGAGCAGCCACCAGCUGAGGAGACUAACGCAGGUGCCAACUUUCGCACACAGGCUGGUAAAACAAAGGAUGUAAUGUUGGAACCACAAGUGGGUGUAGUUACUGGGGUAAAGUAUGAAAUGACCACAACUGCAAUGCCAGCACCGAUUAGCGGCGCCUUAGAUACAAAUGGGUUAUUAAAUGGAGCGACACCCCAGGAACCAUCGAUUGGAACGAAUAAUUUGGUCACGGAGGUGCGAUUCGAAACAGGCGAGAUUCAGGCAUUGCCUGGCAUUGCGCCUACUAUCGCUGUGACAACCACAAUGAACCCGUGCUUUGCUCAAAAUGGUAACCAAAUUAACAGCAACAGCGUCCUGGACAAGAAUAAAAUACUUAGUCGUCCAAUACAAAAUGGUAUACCAGCCGCAAUACGUCCAACAACGUCAUUUUCUACCACCAGCAUUUAUUCGCCACAUGCACCCGCUGCAGCUUCAGCCUCAAUCUCGGCUGCAUCUUCGGUCAAUGCCAAUAUGAUUUUAAAUCAAAAUACUAGCGCCCCAGCUAUGCCGACCAUUAUGACACGCAUCAUGCAAUUGCCUCUACUGAAGUCUACAGCAAAGAAGCCAAUCAUACCGCCGGCACUCGUGCGCACCAACUCCGAGGUUAUACCACAAAAGCAGCCCAGCAGCAAUGAGGUGGCCAGUGGCGCAGCUGACAGCAAUAACGGGGUUUCGGGUGUUGGUCCAGAUUCGAGUAUGAGUAGGCCUGCCCAGCCGUCGAAGGUGAAUGCCGCAGAUGCUGUGGAGACAAAGAACGCCGACUGGAUUCAGUCGCAUUGGCCUUACAUUGAUCCGUCUACUUAUUUCCAAUGGACUGGUUACAAGGAGGACAGCGUUUUACUGCCAGCACUGCUGGGUUUCGCGUUAACUGGCAUGAUUCUAAUCAUUGCGGUUUGCUUGGUGGCACGCAACAAACGCGCCAUCGUCUCUUCGGUGCGAAAGCGGAAUCGCAAUGACGUCGAAGAGGCCGGCGCUGACGAUAAUACAACACUUCUGGCCAAUGCCAAUCUUUCCGAUGAGGACUAAACGACCGUGCGUGAAGAAGAAGCACAAAACUUUGCGAAGUUUGGCCUACAGCAAUAAUGCUUACUAAUAUACAUACUUACUCAAACACACUAAAAAAAUACCACCACUAUCGUAAUAUUGAAAAACUCCAAGUUUCACCUACCGCUAGUAAAUAUCCGCAAAUUUUAAAAGUGCAUAUGAUUGUGUGCCCAACAUCGAAAGAAAAUCAAGUGGAGCCACUUAAUCAGUCACCCCGAGCGAUACCCAAUGUUGUGAUUAAGAACAUUCGUGCGCAUAAAAACCCACACAUACAUAUGCAUAUAUACACGUUCGCGUGUCAGAUGACCACAAAUCAAAUGAAAAAUCUUACACUUUACAAUUUUGACCGGCUGAAACGUGUAAUAAUCGGCAGAGAUUCUAGAGGAGUAGAAAAUAUGUAUCCAUUUAUUUGUAUGUAUUUUUCAAUGUAACCAACGCUCACACAGGACACAAUCAGCAUUACUUAAAAAUAUAUAAAAUGUUUAAAUUAAGCUAAUGAAACCAAUUAGUAUUACCUAGGAACAUUAAAAAAAAUAAAUAAAAGCGUUAAAUUUUGAUCAAAAGAAACAAUAUUGUAUCAGCUAUGCAAUUAAAAACGAAGAUACAUGCAUACAUACAUGCAUCUUAAGGCAAAACUUAUGUUUGCAAACUUUUUAAGCGCCCAAAUUUUUGUUUAAUGCAAACAAAAAGCCUAAAAGACUGUUGCAUUUCAUUUAAAAAAUUUCGCCACAUAAAUUUAUCCAUGUAAAAUAAUUAAGCUGAAUAACAAAAUUUAAGUUUCGAAAUUUUUUUAAAUGCUAAAACAAACAUUGUAAUUCAGAUAAUAAUUAAGUAGAAGCUAAAAAAAGUAGCUUGACGCAAAUUAAUACAUAAAUAAUUGUCAAAUCUAAAAAGAAAUGAUAAAGUUCCAAUACUUUAUUUCAAAUUUUAUCAUUUGGGAGUGAUGUAAUCAGCCAAAAAUUAUUAAUUGGAAUACAAAAUCGAAAUUUCGAAACAAAUAUUAUCUACAAAACCUAGGCAUAUAAAGAUAACUUAAAAAGCAACAAUAAUUGUAAAACUUGGAAUCGUCCGCCAUCUUCGAUAGGCAUUCAAAAUAGUGCAGUGAUUAGCUACGUGCGAACAAAACCACUUAAAAGUAGUAUAAACGAGUCACUCAAGUACAGUUUGUUUUGAUUCACAUUUAACUCAAUUGAGCUUGUUACAUUUCCACAUAUGUACAUAUGUAUGUAAUUACAGGCGUAGCGCUCUCGCAAAAAAUAAACUUAAAUAAAAUAAAAAAAUAAAAAAUCAGUAUAGUAUUAUUAAAUUCACCCGCUUUAUAUGUAUGUAUCGCCUAGCAGUUUUUACUGUAAAGGAACUGUGUAUUGUAGCGUAGAGGCCCACUCUGUAAACGUGCAUACUUAAAUAAUAAUGUACAUGUGUAUGUACCGAAA